CAUCAAUUUGUAAAAUAAUUUAUAAAUGGUGAAACAACAAACAUUUUUCAUCAACGAAAAAGAAAGAUCAAGGACUAUGCAUGUCCAAAAAGUAAAUUCAGGAUGUUCUAGCUACAGUUAGAAUAAAUUAGGACUCAUUUCCUAUUGCAAAAAGAACGAUAUCGAAAUCGAUUCCACAUCCAAUUUGGGGGCGAAAUCUGAAAUCGAUUGCUCAGGUACAAACGUCCUUACACUUCAGACAAUAGGAGUUGAAAAAUGGGUGAAGCUCUAUUCGAUCUCGAAAGGAUUCUCCGAUCCAGACAGGAGAAAUUGACAAGUCAAGAAGCAAAUAUACUCUUGGCAUGUAAGGCUCAGGCUAUGAGAGAUUUCACUAUUGGCUUUGGUGGUGGUUCUGUCACUACUUGGUUAGCAACCCAAAGGCUAAGUAAUCUAGUUCGCUUUAAUUUUACACUGGGAGUUGCUGCUAUUUCUGGAUUAUGGAAAUUUGGUAGAUCGCUUGAUUCUUCCAUUGAACACAUUCUUUCCUUGGAGGGGAGUCGGAUGCAAAUGGAAUUGGCAAAUGUAAUGCUGAAAAAGUAUCAUAGUGAUCCUUGGGUUAUCGAACGUCUCUCUAGACAUUUCUAUUCAGAGGAAGUUUAUGAUGACUCGUCAGCAGACCAGCCAAAAGUUCGGUGGCGUUUCCGAAACUAUUUUGGAGAUAAUGUUGCACAUCCUCAAACUACAUCCAAUAAUGAGGAUACUGAUUUAGAGAAAAAUAAUCUCAAGAAGACUAGUAGGGAGGCCCCAAAAAAUUAUACGAAUGCUGCUGGUGAUGUUAUGGCAAAUCCAUUUGAUUGCAUUUUUGGGCUUCCUGCAAGUAUAGAGGAGAUUCCUCACCCUGACACGUCCAGCACAUUAUCCAGAAGACAGAGACGCAUCCAGAAACGAUCUCACCGCAGGCAUAGGAAGCAUCAUCCAGAGGUUUCAGAUGUUUGAUUUUGUAAAUUUGCUAACCAUGUUUAUAUUGACAUGUAAACUACUGUUAAUCAAGACUGCUUAUUGAACACUUCAGCAGUUUAGGUUCUUCAAUCUUCAUUGUCCUUAAUGUUAUUCUAGCUAUAAUUAUAGAUUAUAUGUAGUAGAAAUGCAUUGGCUGAAUUUUCAGGUGAAUGCAUUGAAGUUGUUAUAUGUUAUCACAUCGAACUAUUUACUGCCAUUCUCAACAUUCAAUCGUGGGCCUCGGUUUCUAUUU